CAAGUCAUUGUGGUUGGAGCGGGUCCUUGUGGCUGCCUGCUGGCUUUACGAUUAAUCAGACUAGGUAUUCGAGUGGCUCUUUUUGAACAAGAAGAGGAAAUACAACCACACUUCCGCGCGCUCGGAUACCCAGGCUCGACGCACGCAGCGCUCCAAAAGGCCGGGAUAUGGGAGGAGGCUAAUACCAAAGGCUUUAUCAAAAGAGGCUUCUCCUGGAGAAAAGUCCCUCAAAAAGCUGGACUUGAUAAAAAUGGCAAAGACUGGGGUGAUCUAAUAGUCACGUGGGACCCUUACAUCAAUUCUCCUCUUAAAGACGGUGACAUUGGAUACGGAAUGCUCGCUCUACCGCAAAACAGAUUUAGAGAGAUUAUACUGCCAAAAAUUGUCAAUUCGGAUUUGGCGGAGGUAUAUCUCGGCCACACGGUUGUCAAUAUUUGCCAAGACGCAAAAUCAGCAAUUGUUACUGCGGUGAACACGGCUGGUUCUGAGAUACAGGUCAAAGGUUCUUUUGUAGUUGGUGCCGACGGAGGAAAAUCUGUGGUACGAAAGAAACUGGGGUUGCAUCUCGAAGGUUUUACGUGGCCUCAUAUAGUCGUGGCGGUAGAUAUCCGCGUGGAUCUCCAGCCACCAGCGGAUGGUCCUUCUAGUAUAUAUUAUGUCGACCCAAUAGAUUGGGCUUUCUUCUCCACCAUCGAACGGCCUGAUGGAAGAUUGCCUAAUUUAUGGCGCUGUACCUUGGCAAUGUCAGAGGAAGAGUCUCGAUCGGAGGUCUUCGAUGUUACUCUGACGCGAAAGUUGGAGAAAUUGAUCCCUGGUUCACGACCUUUGGAUUAUCAGCUGCUAAGAGCUCAGCCAUAUCGUCUUCACCAAAGAAACACUCCCACAAUGAAGUCUGGACGAUGCCUAUUAAUUGGGGACGCCGCCCACCUGACGAAUCCUUGGGGAGGACUUGGCCUGACCACGGGCAUUCUCGAUGCCGACUCCCUAGCAGACGCGUUUGAAUAUGUUAUCAACCAAGGAAGAGGUGAAGAAAUACUUCAAGCCUGGUCCAAUGCUCGACUUGACGUUUUCAAGGAAAUUGUCAGCCCUACUGCCACAAGGAAUUUACUACGAUGCCACGAGGUUGACCCCAGCAACCCCUUUUCGGACCAAUUAUUCAGGAUGAUCCAC